UUUCCAUUUUCCCUCGCACCGGAAAAGAUGCUACAGUCUCGUUCCCUCAUUUCUCUCUCUCCUCCAGUUACAUCGUGAUCGACACGACGCAUCCCUCGCGUUUCCCCUGUUGUCUCAAUCCCCGCGCCUACCGUCUCGCCUACAUCCCUCUAUUUCUGCUCGACUCGUGUUGCCUGUCGUCAGUCGUUUUCGGUGCGCUGCGCGGUGCGCGAGUGACGUUAAGCAACGUUUCGAAACACGAUUCCCGUGGUGCGUCGGAGGAUUCGUGAGCGUCCGAGUUAACGAAAUCGGAGGACUGACACAUUGAUUUUACACGCGGAUUAUGUUUAGUAAAGCGUCUUCGAGAUAAGAUAACGGGGUCUUGUCACGUUUCGGCAAGAAAAAGAGGUGACUUCAUCCCUCUACAGUUAAUCCAUCCGCGGCGAAUCCUCGCGGAAUCAUCGCCGACGAGUGACACUGAACAUCGCGAGUGUCUCGCUCUGGACUCGACGACUCGCGAGAUCCGAUAACGGCCGUGGGGAAUUGUCUAAUGCGUCAUCUCUCAUCUCGCGCGAGAGCUGAUUCCAUUGAUCGGUCCAGCUACGCGGAGGAGCAUAGUGCGUUCGCGCUAACGCCGCCGCCCUCGAGUGGAGUGAUCCCAGACUGUCUUUCUGUGCUCUCGACCCUCGACGUAACGAAGGGCGGGAAGGGAGAAAAGGGGGGUGGGUAUGUCUCGUUUACGCGAGGAAGUGAAUGCAAUUUCGACGGUUAAUCGCGGAGGAUCAUCGUUGUUCACGAGGACCUGAUUUCCCCCGAGGAACACUGUCGUGUCCCGCGUGGUUGUGUUUUUUUAAAGAGAGAAAAGAAUGUUAGAGAGAUUAUUACUAGGAUUCUAGAAUAUUUAUUGUGAGCGUAUUUUUUUUUUUGUAUUUUUUUUCGUGGAGAAUUGAUCGGUGGUGUACAUUUCAUCUUGUUUUCGAGACUUUUAUUGGAGCACGAACGAUACCGUGACUUCAUAGUGUCGAGGAUUAGUGACGUUCGUGGACGGAUCACGUGUUUUCCUUUCGCAAUUGUUGUCGAAUUGCUGUGGAAUGCUUCUCGGUGGUUGCCGAUAUUCCAUCCAGAGUCAGAAUGUGCCGUCCACGAGGACCGGCGCCUGGGGUCCUUAUAAUUCUUUCCGAAACACCAACAUGCCGUUGCAGGAGAUCACAAUGAGUCAAACCUUGCCAUUAACAAACGGUGGAAACACAAGACCAUAUGGUGAAAAUUCCUCCGGAGACAAAGACGGAACGACGAUGGCGCGAUCGGGAGAUGGUGGAGGAGGCGGUGGAGGUGGUGGUGGUGGUGGUGGUGGAGUAGGUUACGGCAGAACCAUGAAGGAGUACGAGGAUGAGUUAAGCAAUCUGAAGAAGGAAAACUUUCAACUUAAAUUGCGAAUUUAUCUCUUAGAAGAGGGAAACCCUGCAAGAAACGGCAUGACUUUUUCCGACGAGGAUGUAAUCAAAACGAACGUAGAAUUAAAGGAAGAGUUAGAGAAAUUGAGGAAGGAAUUAAUGGAGAAGCAGGUUCUUCUUAAUCAGGCAGCCAGAGCUUUCAAAUUAUAUGAAGAGCAAAAAGCAGCGACUUCUCGUACUCAAGAUCAAUAUCAGCAAUCUCUCGAAAAAGAACGAGAAAAAGUAACCAAGCUUGAAAAAGAGUUAGCAGAGUAUCAAGAAAGAGAAUUGGAUACAUCCAUGUAUUACAAGGAAACAUUUGGCAUCACUCCGGAACAGGCGUUAAAAAACGCAGAAAAGUUACGACAAAUGGAAGAAUUGGUGGCUUCUCUGGAAACAGAGAUGAAACAGAUAACUGGCAGUUUGGAGGAGGAGCGCAGCUGGGUGCAAGAACUUGAAAAUGAGAGGGAUCAACUCAGAGAGCGAUUAGACGUGGAAACGCGAUUACGAGAGAAACAGGACUGUGAUCGAGUACGAAAUAUCGAGGAAUUACGUGACGAAGUGAAAGAUCUGAAGGACCAACUAUUCAAAAAGGACUCUAUUGUACAACAAUACACAAACGAUCUUGAUGAACAAGACAGACUGCUUAAGCAGAAAACCGCAUUAUUGGAAGAAAAGUGUCAGAUGUACGAGGAGAUCAGCCAGGUGUCUGAAAAACGGAAAAAUCAAAUUAUUCAAUUGAGGGCAUCCGUCAAAACGCGCGAUGACGCCCUCACAGAGAUUAACAAUAAGCAUCGUGCGUUGUUAUCACAGUGCGAAAAUAGUUAUGGCAAACGAACGCCGCCUAAUAGUCCCUCAGCUUUAAUUUCGUGCACAAAUGAUUAUCUAUCGCUAUCAGGACAGAAAGUGUCUUGUGUUCAAAAUGCGAAUCAUGAUGGUGUCUAUGAUUUUGAAUCAAAUAAGGAACGAGCAACGAGUUUGAGUUCACCAUUAGGUGGAAAUUCCAGGGAAAUCAGGCAUCUUAUAAAGGAGCUGGAAGAAAGAGACAAUAAAUUACAACAGCAAGAAGAUGUCAGGAAGCAGUUGAUAUUAAAACUGUGUAACGCCCAGAAGCAAGUAGAAAAUGUAGAGCAGAAAUUGAAAAAGAUGGAAAGUGAGCAUCAGAAGGCUAUUAAAGCGAUACAAGGCUUCAUAGAGCGUGAGCAACAAAUGCGAAAUACAGAGUCACUCAAAGAACGACAGAUUCUGGAACUGGAGACAGAGUUACGCAAGAGAAGAAAUAGUCCCGUCUCGUUGAAGGAUCUCGGUGUUAAGAAUGCGGACGAUUCCGAAAACGAUUCCUGCAAACAGCAACGUUUCGAAGAAAUGGAAAGCAAGAUUAGCGACCUGCGAGACCAAAUUGAGACAAUAAAAGCUGAGAAGAAUCACCUGGAAAAACGAACGCAAGUUGAGUUCAAGGAAUUUCAAGUUCGUCUUCUCGAUAAGGAGCAAAAGAUUGAGAUCCUGGAGAUGGAGAAGCAGAUCAUUACAGAAGACUUGGCAAACAAAAUUGCUGAACUCGAUAAGCUCAGACACGCCGAAGUGACCAGUGUGGAUGAAGUUAGCACUACCGGUUAUCACGACAAUACUCUGCAAAAAGAAAAUGUACUCGAGCAGUUGGAACAACGAAACGCCGAAAUUGAGGAAAAGAACCAUAAGAUCGAACAGCUGACGAAGGAACUACAGGUUACGACUCAAAAUCUGCAGAUGUUAGUUAACACAGAACUCUGGAGUAAGAACAAGGAGAUUGCUAAGCUGCACAAUUACAUGACAGCAACGUAUAGCCAUGAUAAGAAUCGCAAUAAGCCUGAGAUUAUUCAAGAAUCUGAUAGCAGCAUGCAACUGACGAAUCUGAUUCGCGAGCUUGGCGAGAUUGGUGUCAAAGUAAAUUUUACGAACGAUACCGUUCGACUCGAUUACAUCAACGGGGAUGAGACAGUGGACGUCAAGAUGUUAAGUGAGAGCGUUCAGAGGCUGACGAGACAGCGAAACGAUCUUGAGAAGGAAGUAGAUUAUUUGAAAUGGCUGAAACUUGUAUCGAAGCCCGACAUCGCCGCGGAGAUCGACGGUUGCGGUAACGAAACGGAACGAGCGAAGAAGUACUGUGAAUUGUUGCGCACACAUCUGAAGGAUCUGGUCAAGUUCAUGAAAGAGAUGCUCAAAAAUACCGAUCGCGCGGAUACUAUUGGUAACGAACACAAGAAGAUCGUAUUAGAUGUUUUGCUUAACUCCAAGAUAUUGUCGGACGAUUUUGUGCGUGCUCUUGAAGGCAUGGGCGUACAAGAUGGUACAAUUGUGAAUGAUAGGAUUGAUGGUUCCGUAAAAAAGAGUCGAUCUGAGAACGUAGAGACAUCGAAGAAUCAGGCGUCACAAUCGGAUUCUGAGACGUUUUCGGAACCCGAUCGAACUGUAUCCAUGGCCAGAAUCGGUCUGCAGGAGAAGCAACACAAGAACCUGAGCCGCUCCAGAUUCACUAAAUACACCAAGACCUGCAGCGAUUCUGAAGACUCUGCGGAUUAUGUGCCUUAUUACAAGACCUACCAGAAUGAUCUCAGCGAUCUGGACACGAGUUAUCAGAUACAAGAACUGAAAGAAACGAAUAAUAUGCUGUAUUCUGAACUUAGCGCUCUAAGGAACGAUCUAGUUACCAAAGUUUCUUUCGAUUGUGUAAUCGAUGAAAAAUUAAUGCCGUUUAUUACGAAGUUGGAGAAGUCACAAAGGUUUUGUGAAAAGUUACAAGCUUCCUUGGAGAAAAGAAUACACGAGUUCCAUACGUUGAGAAAAGAGAACAAACAGAACAACGUUCGCAAGACGCAAUUGGAGAAAAAGAUUAACGAUGUCGAGCAAAUGGCAAGCGAAAUUACCAAACAGAAAGCUGAAUUUUUGCAAUAUAAGGAAAGUGCCGAAAGAAAAACUACGGAGACCCUUUUAAUACUUAACAAAGAGAAUGAAUCGUUGCGUGCGAGAAUUAAACAGUUGGAAGAAGAAACGGAAACUGCUAAGGCGACCAUAUCCACUCUCAGAAAAGAGUUGGAUCAUCUCACUCUUUUGCACAGUCAGCUACUCGUGGAGAAUACCAAGUUGACGAAUGACAAAUUGAGACUUGAGCAAGAAAUGAGGAAAAUGGAGAACCGAUACGACAUGACUGUUCGUUCAUUGCAAGAUAAAUUCAGCAAAGAGAUAUGUGAUCUCAAUCAGAUCAACGAUUUGCAUAGAGCAAGAGUACAAGAACUCGAAACAGCGAAUAAAGAGUUCAGGAGACACAUGGCGGUGUGCGAAGCUAGCGAUUCAGCGGCGAGCUCGAGCGGCGUAUCGUCAAUACCCACGGACGCCACGCUCAAGCAAACUUGUGAUAUUUUGCAGGAAUAUCAUCCUUAUAACGGCUCGCAAUUUUGGCAACCGACGAAUUAUUCUGCCCUCGGAGGACGCAGUAAAUCUAGUUGUUCACCAGAUUUGGGAAUAGAAAGCGACGCUGCUGUUACCACAAUGAGACCUUUGAAAGAUACUUUAAAGAUUACGGAAUCUAUGACUAACUUAUUAAGCGAUGAAGACGAUGGUAAUCACAGAGCUCCAGAUUCAAACAGUCAAAGUCCACUACCAAUAGAAGGUCUUGAAGAGGUGGAAGCUUUAAAACAGGAGAAUGAAGCGUUAAAGCGAAAACUGAUGAAAACUAAGAAAGCGCUGGAGGACACAUUUGAACACUUAUCAACCUCGAACAAGAACAAAAAGAACGUUGAAAAGGCGAUAAUAAAGCAGCUUAUGGUCACAAGAAGUGUCCUUAAAAAGACAAGAACAUUUGACGAACCUUUGGACAAUUAAUAGAGAUUACAGACUGACUGAUCGAUCAAAAAAUAUUAUGCACAAAAAGGGAAGAAGAAAAUAGAAUAUAGGACAGUUAUUAUUCGUUGAAUUGUGUUCUCAUAGAUUAAUAUUCAUUAUUCACUCAAUGUAUCGUGUUUUAUCUGUGUUUCUCACUUAUCUCUUCUCAUAUUUUUGAAAUAAGAGAAAACUAGCGAUACAUAUAUCGGUACAAAAAAUUGUAAUACUCAUAAGCGUUAUAUGUUACAAAAUUUUUAAACAUAAAAGAUUUCUAAAUGAAAAAAUAUUUUCAUAUGGACACAGAAUAACCUAUUUUCGAUAUUUAGAAAAAAUAUAUAAAAAACGAGACGAAAGAGAGCUUAAAAUGAAUUUGUACAUUGAGAUUUGUAUAUAUUUAUAUAGGAUAUGCUCAUUUUUGACAUUUUUGUAGAUUUUGUCAUUGUGAAAAAGAAAGUUCUUUCAACUUCUCUGUUGAAUACUCUGACGCGAACGUUGAUAUCAAAGCCUGUCUUCAUUUGCUGACAUUUUGCUUUAUGAAUAACAAAAAUUUGUGUAUGUGUGUAUAUAAUUAUCUCAUAUAUCAUUAUCGUUAUGUAGCACAUUUGUACAUAAUCACUACGAAUAAAGUGCCAUUGAUAUGCAAGAUUUGUA